GCCCCUCUAGCCAGAUCACGUCUCUACUGCUCUCCCCAGAAAUCCGCAGCCGGACCGGUGCAGUCAACGCCGCCUCCAGGGACGCCUCCAGCACCUCUACAUGCCAUUAUCCCACCACGCUCCAGGGGGCGAUGUCUACCUUUUCCAUCCGCUCGGCGCCCGACUCGCAGCCCCACGACGCUCCUUCCAGUCAGCGGAGAGCGACGCACUUCCUUGCGGAAGUGACGGCAGUUCCGAGUUUCCCGGAGGAAAUGACAAUUACCUGACGAUCACAGGGCCCUCGCACCCCUUCCUGUCAGGCGCCGAGACAUUCCAUACACCAAGCUUGGGUGAUGAGGAAUUUGAAAUCCCGCCUAUCUCCUUGGAUUCUGAUCCUUCACUGGCUGUCUCUGAUGUGGUUGGCCACUUUGAUGACCUGGCAGACCCUUCCUCCUCACAGGAUGGCAGUUUUUCGGCCCAGUAUGGGGUCCAGACAUUGGAUAUGCCUGUGGGCAUGACCCAUGGCUUGAUGGAGCAGGGCGGGGGGCUCCUGAGUGGGGGCUUGACCAUGGACUUGGACCAUUCUAUAGGAACUCAGUAUAGCGCCAACCCACCUGUUACAAUUGAUGUACCAAUGACAGACAUGACAUCUGGCUUGAUGGGGCAUAGCCAGUUGACCACCAUUGAUCAGUCAGAACUGAGUUCUCAACUUGGUUUGAGUUUAGGGGGUGGCACCAUCCUGCCCCCUGCCCAGUCACCUGAGGAUCGUCUUUCAACCACCCCUUCACCUACUGGUUCACUUCAUGAGGAUGGUGUAGAGGACUUCCGGAGGCAACUCCCCAGCCAGAAGACAGUGGUUGUAGAAGCAGGGAAAAAACAGAAGGCUCCAAAGAAGAAGAAAAAAAAAGAUCCUAAUGAACCUCAGAAACCAGUUUCAGCGUAUGCUUUAUUUUUUCGUGAUACACAGGCUGCCAUCAAGGGACAGAAUCCCAAUGCUACCUUUGGAGAGGUUUCCAAAAUUGUAGCAUCCAUGUGGGACAGUCUUGGAGAGGAGCAAAAACAGGUGUAUAAGAGGAAAACUGAAGCUGCCAAGAAAGAGUAUCUGAAGGCUCUAGCUGCUUAUAAAGACAACCAAGAAUGCCAGGCCACUGUGGAAACAGUGGAAUUGGAUCCAGCACCACCAUCACAGACUCCUUCUCCACCUCCUAUGGCUACUAUUGACCCAGCAUCUCCAGCACCAGCUCCAACAGAGCCCCCUGCCCUUUCCCCUUCCAUUGUUGUUAACUCCACUCUUUCAUCCUAUGUGGCAAACCAGGCAUCUUCUGGGGCUGGGGGCCAGCCCAAUAUCACCAAAUUGAUUAUUACUAAACAGAUGUUGCCCUCUUCUAUUACGAUGUCUCAAGGAGGGAUGGUUACAGUUAUCCCAGCCACAGUGGUGACCUCCCGGGGGCUCCAACUAGGCCAAACCAGCACAGCUACUAUCCAGCCCAGUCAACAAGCCCAGAUUGUCACUCGGUCAGUAUUACAGGCAGCAGCAGCAGCUGCUGCUUCAAUGCAGCUGCCUCCACCCCGACUACAGCCGCCUCCAUUACAACAGAUGCCUCAGCCCCCGACGCAGCAGCAAGUUACCAUACUUCAGCAGCCGCCUCCACUUCAGGCCAUGCAACAGCCACCACCUCAGAAAGUUCGAAUCAAUUUACAGCAACAGCCACCUCCUCUGCAGAUCAAGAAUGUGCCUCCGCCCACUCUGAAAAUGCAGACUACCUUAGUCCCAGUAGCCGUGGAAACUAGCCCUGAGCGGCCUAUGAACAGCAGCCCUGAGGCCCACACGGUGGAGGCAACCUCGCCAGAGACAAUAUGUGAAAUGAUCACAGAUGUUGUUCCUGAGGUGGAGUCUCCUACUCAGAUGGAUGUUGAAUUGGUGAGUGGGUCUCCUGUGACACUCUCACCCCAGCCUCGAUGUGUGAGGUCUGGUUGUGAGAAUCCUCCCGUUGUGAGUAAGGACUGGGAUAACGAGUACUGCAGCAAUGAGUGUGUGGUGAAGCAUUGCAGGGAUGUAUUCUUGGCCUGGGUAGCCUCUAGAAAUGCAAAUACAGUUGUGUUUGUGAAAUAGACCUUCCUCUUCUCGAAGCCAGUGAAGAUUUACCUGCUGGGAACUGUGUUUGAAACACAAGCUGAGCUUCUGUUAGUGCCUGAUCUCAACUCAUGAUGGCUCUUCAUGCUUUCCCCCUCUUUUUUUCCCUUCAGCAGAGGCCAAACUGUGGAGCAGGGUCGUUGAGUUUACUGUAAUCUGGAAUUGCUUUUUACUUUGAACUACAAGCAGAAAAACCAGUGAUGUUAAUAGCAGAGCAAAGGGUGGAGGAGUAUAGACAAGCAAAUCAAGGGUGGUAUGGGUGGUAGUGGGGUUGUUUGAGGAAAUUUUGUCUAAUUGUCAUAGGACUUGCCUAAGAUAUGUUAUUAAAAUGAGAGUACUCAGCUAGAAGAAAAUA